AUAGGGGUGAACAUGCAUACGACGAGAGCAGUGCCCCAGCUUCAUCAUUAGAUCGCAGGGAUUUGACUGUUGAACUCGUUAAUACUUCAUUCCUGGAGGAUCUACAAUCACACUCUAUGUUUUCUUCGGGUCUUUGGCCAGGGGAAGAACAAUCAAUAAGUAUUUGUUCUGGAAGAUGUUUUUUGAAAUUGUGAUUUUGUGAUUGAUAUUAGAUAUAUUAAAUGAAAAUUGCUGCAUUCCAUCAAAGCGAUAUUUCAUUGAUUCUUGAUAUUACCACUUUUGCAACAUACAUGUAUAAAUCAGAUAUUUUGAUUACGCGUUGGUGGCACUCGAGUUCGUGACCUCCUCCCACCAUAUGGUCAGGCGCUCCUAUUAAUUAUUGGGCAUUGUAUUUCUGAUUGGAAUUAGCAGGGAUGUGAAGUAGUUAUCUACCAGUGAGGUAACUUCUGUGCGAUUCAUCAAUGGGGGCACAUUGCUUCUGGAGAGAUCCGCAUUACAACACACUAUGGUGCUUGGAAAAUUCGAACAACUCUUUUUUGGGCUGAUUGAAAAUGAAAAAUGAUACGAGUGCGGCCAUAUUUGAGGAAAUUCUUUCUCGAAUAAGACCGUUUGGUUAUUUCCAAAAACGGUUAUAUUUUUUGACGUCGCUGAUUCAAGUUUUUGUGACCACUGUUAUUUUGUAUGUGGAUUUUGUUUACCUGAAUGUGAAAAAUAGUAAAUGUACUCUUUCCUCGAGGAUUUUACCUGACAAUGUGACGAAAAUAUCGACUCCCGGAGAAACCGAGAAUCCCUGUGGGUUCAACCAGUGGGAAGUACCAACGUGGAUGAUCGGUGAAUUUGCCUCUGACAAGUUUACCUACAUUUGGUUAUGUCAGGGAUGUGGAAUUAUCGCCGGUGCUGUAGUCAGUGGAUUUUUAUCAGACUUAGUAGGUCGGAAAACAGUUCUAUAUGUCAACCUGAUGAUGAUGAGUCUGGCUCAAGGAAGUCUCUGUAUACUGGAUGACUGGGUUCUUUUCCUUAUUUCGCGGGGGCUCGUUGGAAUAUUUGCAGGAGGCGUCAUCAUCCCCAGCUGUGUCCAGAUGAUAGAACACGUGGGUCAAAACUGGCGAGAACUAUCUGUAUGCUUUUGCGCGUGGGCAUUGGGGAUACCUCUUUUAAUCCUGGAGGGACUCGUCACGCGUCAUUGGCGCUGGCUAGGAAUCGUGACGUCAUUUACGUCGCUUCUGUCAAUUGGUACAUAUUUCAUAUAUCCUGAGAGCUUUAGAUGGCACACCUGCAGAGAGAACUUUUCUAAAGCAGAGGCUUGCAUUCGGGAAAUUAUUUCAGCAAAUGCCACGUCACUUCCGGAUUUCACCCAGCUCUACGACAGAGCAAAGCUUGCCGUCCUUAAUUCAAUGUACAGACGACCACGAACGUUCUUUGACUUGUUGCACACCAGAGAGAGAAUCAAAACAACCAUUGCUCUUGUGUUCAUCUGGUUGUUCACCUGUGCCGUCUACCGCUGUUUACAUGAGAGGAUGGUGGGACAGAUGUCCUCUAACGUCUAUUUAGACACGAUUCUGGUCUAUCUAUUAGACAUCCCCCUUGUCUACUCCGCCAUUGUUAUCACUAGAUGCAUAGGCCGUCGUUGGUGCCUGUUUCUUUAUGCAGUGUCCUGUGCUUUCACUCUUAGUUGCAUCCUUGUUAUCAACCUCACCAAAGCCAUGAACACCCAAGUGGACAUGAUGUUAGGAAUUACCAUAUUUGGAAAAUUUGGCGUGACGUCAACGAUUGUGCUGAUUUUAUUGGUUACUCUGGAAGUGUAUCCUACCUCCAUACGAUGUAUGGGCUUUGCCGUUGGUCUUUCGUCCGGUGUCAUAGGACUCUGUGUUGGUCGUGUCCUAUAUAUGGAAUUCUUUCAUAAAGUCCAUUUUUCUUACCCGUAUAUUUGUUACGCCGUGUUGAUGGGGGCCGUCGGCUGCACGUGCUUGUUGUUUCCGGAAACGUCGGGUAAACCAUUGCCCGACCUUGUAAGGAGCAGACACAGGAUGAUCAGCAUGAAGGAAGUGACGCGACUGUCGAGCGCUUGGGAUGCACCUUGAUGACGUCAUUAGAAAUAUAGUUGGCAAAGUUAUUUAAAAAGGCUUACCCAAAAGUCUUUGUAUUUGGAUUCUUGUUGGUUCUUGGUUCACGUACCGUGUCAUUUUAUGGCCAGAUGCUGGAAUUUUGGAGUGGAAAAUAGGAACUUGUUUUCAAUGAAGAUGUUUGAAGGAUAGAUUUAUCGACUGUAAUCAAUUUGGAUAUCUUUUGUAUUUUGAAAAAAAAAACUAUAUUGCAAUAAAUUGAACAUUAUACCUUGUUA